AUGAAGCUCAUUGAUAUCGGAGUAAAUUUAUGUGAUGAUAUGUUUAAAGGAAUUUAUAAUGGAAAAACGGCACACGAAUCGGAUAUUGAACAAGUGAUUCAAAGAGCCAUUGAUAACCAUGUCGACAAGAUGAUGAUUACCGGAACAUGUAUGCAAGAUAUUCAUGAAGCUAUUGAAUUGAUUGAAAAAUUAAAAGAAAAAUUUCCAAAUAGAUUGUAUGUCACUGUUGGUGUGCAUCCGACAAGAUGUUCUGAAUUUACAGAAUUGAAUGAUAUAGAACAUAGGAAUGAAUUGUUGGAGAUGAUUAGAAAAAAUAAGGAAAUUGUAGUUGCUGUUGGAGAAUGUGGUUUAGAUUAUGAUCGCUUACAAUUUUGUGAUAAGGAACAUCAAAAAAAGUAUUUCGAAUUUCAACUAGAGCUUGCCAAGAAAACCAAAUUACCACUCUUUUUACAUAAUCGAAAAUCAACUCACGACUUGUGUGAAAUUUUACGGAGACACAUUGAUGAAUUGGGCUUAUUUGUGGUUCACAGCUUUGAUGGUAGUCUUGAAGAGCUUCAAGAGCUGCUUUCUCUUGGAGAGAGGGUUCACAUUGGUAUUAAUGGCUGCUCGUUAAAAACAGCUGAAAACUUGAAAGUGGUGAAGGAAAUUCCUCUUGAUCGGCUGUGCAUUGAGACAGAUUGCCCUUAUUGUGAGAUUAGACAGAGUCAUGCAUGUUGGAAAUUACUUCAAGACAGUAAACCUUUUAUGUUUGAUGCUAAAAAGAAGGAAAAGUUUGAGAAUGGUUGCCACGUCAAAUCACGCAAUGAACCUGACAAUUUGAUCAAUGUCUUGAAAGUCAUUGCAAAAAUUAAGCAAAUUUCAGAAGAGGAACUUGCAGAAAUCACAUAUAAUAAUACAAUGAAAGUGUAUUUCCCUCACUUGCUGGAACAAUGA